AUGCGCCUGCCGGUGCCUGGGGCGCGGUCACUUCGGAUCUGGCAGCGUUCUUGCAAGGCGAGGGCACAUAGCCCUUUGGAAAGCUGGAAGGCCUGGACGCCAUAUGUUUGCGUCCAGUUGCAACGGCACUGCUUUGCUACAGUAGCGACCGAGCAGACAGGUACUGGAGAAGCGCCGAGCAAAAAGCCAGUUGUAAAGCCAGUUGUAAAGCCAGUUGUAAAGCCAGUUGUAUCAGCGGAGAAGGACUUCACUGAUGGCACUGUGGCUUUCCAAUCGAAAAGCACAUGUAUCCUGGUGGCAGUGGUGGAGUUGCAAUGGGAGCUCUUCCGCGCUUGGUGUGUCUUUCAGAUUUGUGCUAUUGGGCCAAUCGUACGACACUGCGACACCCUCUACAUGUACUCCGUCAAGGUGCUUGGUGCAAGGCUUACUCAUCUCCUAUUGAGAAAGACUUUCUUCGAGCACUUUUGUGCUGGCGAAAGCAGCCAGGACAUUGUGCCACGGAUGAGAGAGCUGCAGAAAUACAAUGUUGGAGGAAUUCUGGACUAUGCUGCGGAAGCAAAGGACGGCGAGCUCCCAGAAACCGUGAAGCCUAUCGAUGAAGAGGAAACUGUUGGGGCCCCGCUGAGCAGUCGAAGCUACGACUAUGAGAGUGAGGCGCUGUGUGACGCAAGAGCUCAGAUCUUUCGUGUCGCCGUGCGGGGUGUCAAGGACACCAUUCCGGAUGGCUUCGCGGCCAUCAAGCUCUCUGGUCUUGGGAAUCCAGUUUUGCUGGAGAGGAUGUCCACUUGCUUGGCAGAAGUCUGCCGAUUGUACAAAAGACUUGCUGAUGAUGAUGUCAACCCCAAAGAAAAUUACUACAUGAUUGACCGAUCUUUCAAGAUCGACUUCGAGACUUUCAAAAAAGGCUGGUUGAAGAUGUUUGAAGGCAAAAGUGAGGAAGAGCUGAAAACCAUGUUUGAUGCUAUGGACGACAAUCGAGAUGGGUACAUUAGCUACCUGGAGUGGUCUUCUGGUGUCAAGCUCUCGGAAAUCAAUGAGAUGGUACGAGGAUGCAAACAUCAAGGACGACUCUUUCAGGCUGCUUUGAAUGAAGAGGAAGUGAAGCUGUACAGCAACAUGCUGAAGCGCGUGCAGGGUAUUUUGGACCUGGCGCAGGAGUUGGGCGUGCGUGUGAUGAUUGAUGCGGAGUGGACUGACAUCCAACCAGCAAUCGAUCACAUCACCAUUUUCAUGCAGAGGAUCUACAACAGGGGAGAGUUGCCCAUUGUCUUCAACACCUACCAGACCUACUUAAAGGGAAUGCCUACACGAGUUCAACGUGAUCUUGAUCGAUCAAGGAGAGAAGGCUGGAGAUUUGGAGCAAAGCUUGUUCGCGGCGCGUACAUGGUGUCAGAGCGACAGAAGGCUGAGGAGCGAGGCCUCGAAUCUCCGAUUUGUGAAACUUACGAGAAGACGGAGGAGAACUUUCACAAAGCCAUUGAUGUGAUCUUGGCACAUGGAGAAGACCCCAGCGCGGGGGCUUGUGGAGGCGCCGCUGCAGAGGUGCUGGUGGCCUCCCACAACCGAUACUCCAUCGAACGGACCAUCCAAAAGAUGGCCGAGUUGGCAGUGAGACAGGAUCGCGUGGGCUUUGGACAAUUGAUGGGCAUGGCAGACCAUCUGACAUACACGCUGGCGCGGUAUGGCUACCGGUCCUACAAGUACGUCCCUUAUGGACCUGUUGAUGAAGUGGUGCCAUAUCUCAUCAGACGCACACAGGAGAACUCUGCAAUUCUGGGUUCUCCAUCCGUCCAAGAAGAGAGGCAAAUGGUGGGUUCGGAGCUGCUCAGACGACUAAGACCUAUCUGAGCCACACCACCAGGAGGAGAGGAACAAUUGGCUCCUGAAGUUCAACUGGUGCUUGUGAUCCAAGGCCAAACAGAAUGGAGGUCUGUACAGAUUCCGUCUUUUUGCAUGAUUUGAAGCUUCACUUGGCUCCACUAGAAGCUUGGAAAGAAUUCCUGCGGGAUGCAACAAGCCAAGUGAAAUGUCUAGCACAGAUAUAGGUGCGUCUCAAAAUUCGUGAACCCCAAAUGUAUGGGUGUUUCUCCUUCAAAAACUCGGACCACCGAUUUGAAUGUUUGGGGUUCACUAUUUUUUUUGCACAUCCAAACUUUA